AUGCGGUUCCACGAGCACUGUCAGCGUCCGCUCUGUGUGUCAGUGUGCAGCGGCGGGCCGGCGUGGGCGGGCGCGGGCGCGCGGGCGGGCGCGCGGGCCGAGCUGCUGCCGCCGCUGCUGCGCGCCGUCUCCGCCUGGGGUGCCGGCGACCGGUUGCGCCGCCACGGUGUCCCGGUGAAACAUAGCCCUGACGGUGCGAUCGUGGCACAGAGUCCGGCGACUCGGCGGAAUCGCGGCGGGGCGCUGGCGUGGGCGGCGCUGGUGGAGGCGGCGGCGCGCGCCGACUGCGGCUCGCUGCCCCCCGCGCACGCCGCGCGCGCCGCCGCCGCCGCGCACCCCGCGCACAAGUGGCUGUACGUGCGCGGCGCGCAGUGGAGCGGCGCGGGCGCGGAGGCCGCCGACGCCGCGCUCGAGCGCCAGCUGCGCCUGCACGCGCUGCCCGACGAGCUCGCCGCCUCCGACGCCGACGCGACCGCCGCCGACGCGACCGCCGCCGACGCGACUGCCGCCGACUUGACCGCCGCCGACGCGAUCGCCGCCGACGCGACCGCCGCCGCCGGGCGCCCUGCAGCUUGAUCGCCUCGCAACGCGCUCCACCAAAAGUUACGACUGAACUGUGGUGAACGUUCCAGUUUAUCCCCGACGAAAAACGUGUCUGUCUGUGGCAUAGUAGCUCCCGACCGGGUGAACCGAUUUGGAUUUUUUUUGUCUGAAAGGUGAAUUAGUCGGGAGUGUGCUUAGCUAUGUUUGAUGAUUGAAAAUAAGUCUUAACCUUUAAAAAUUAAGAUAUGGCGAAUUACAUUUUCAAUAAUUUUUUUCGCCGAAAAAUACCGUUAUUAAAAAUAAUUAAGAUAAAAUUGUGUUGUUAAAUGGUUCUAUAAAGCUUAUUAAAAAGGAUACUGAUUACAAAUACACCCUGUAUACAUAUUAUCUAUCUAUUUCUUACCUAAUUAGAACAGAACUAACUUACUAAGGUUGGAUUCGACCAAAUAAGUGUUAAUUAUACACAUCAUGUGUUAAACCAU